AUGGGCCCUGGUGCUCUCGCCUCCCAGGGGUCCCCACGUGGCCGGUCUCCUGAACCAGCGCCCUGGCAUUCUUGUGCUCCCACUUCUCCGACAUCUGAUAGGCAACAGACGGCCCCCUUCAGGUUCUACGCGCCCCUUCUAAGGACGGGAGCAUCGCGGUAUGACCCUGUGUUUGUCCGAGGCUCCUUUUGUGCCCGUCACGUGGCUUCCAGCACGCGAGUCCUCUUGGGAGGUGGAAGGAAGUCGAUUUGCACUUUGCAGGGCUCUCGUGUCUGCUCAUUCCCAGGCCAGGUUGGAUUCGGUGCAGAACGAGGCUUCCGGGCAACGGGGGCCGUCAGCGGCAGCCAGGAUCCCCUGCGCGGCUCGCUGGUGGCUGGACAGAUGCCACUAGAAGGACGCUUGUCUCUUCUGGGCCUGAGUCCGGACCCUGAGCCGAGGACGGACGGUCUCUCUUCCAGGCUGGAGAGGCGUGACGUGAACGUGGUGGAGCUGCUGAGACAGAUCUCUGGAUGUGUGUUUGAGAACCCCUCCCUGGGAGUGUUGGACUACCGGGGGCUGGGCACCAACUUCAGGGACUACGCCAUUGUAUUCACCCAGCUGGAGUUCAAGGAUGAGGCGUUCCACAACGUGGAGCUGUACAGCCGGACGGAGCUGGCCAGCCAGGAGGCCCUGUGCCUCUUUGCUAGGUGGAGCAAGGACCUGGGAUUCCUGUCUCAGCAGCAGGCCACGCAGCAGCCAGACCGUGAGUGUCACCCGAUGCCCACGGGACCCCGGCUGACAUCUGCUGGUGUCGAGGUCCCGCCGGGCCGCAGGGAUUCAGGCAGGGCAGGGGUGGGGAGCUCUACAUGGAGUCAUCUGCUCCUGCACAAAGACCCAGGCCUGCAGGGCCGGCCCCGUCUCGGGCGCGGCCGUGGGCAGAGCGUGGUGGCCACAGUGUGUGCUGGUGCCCACCCUCACAACUCCUCUUUCCUCCUAGCCACCUGUGUGCACAAGGCUUUCCAGGUGCGGGCUGACGCAGUGGGCGUGGGUGCCCACCAGGGGGCGUGGCUGCGGUGCCACCGUGUCCAGGGCACAAGAGUGUGGCUUUCCCAGGCCUGGGGCUUUGGGGCCAGGGCAGGGGGCAGGAUUCCAGAGGGCCCGAGCCUGUGGGUCCUCCCGUGGUCUGGUGGGGCCGUGCCUGACGUCGUGGCGGAAGCUGGGCUGGGGGCUGCCCAUCACUCACGGAGAGGGGCGGUGCGUGCAGGCUACGGGUGGGCAGCUCACACACAUCCAGCAGCCCUGUCCGUCAGCACCUGCUCGGGACAGAGAGCCCUGGUGCCACGCUGGUGCCGUCUGAGCCCCGUCUUCACCGUGGUCCUGCUUCUCACGUGCAAGUAUCCCUGUGAAGUGACUCACAGGGACGCCUCCCGGCUGCUUGCCUCUCUUCCGGGGGGGCUAGGAUGGAAGGCCCAGGGGUCUCACAGGGGAACACGAUGGCCUUCACAUUCAGGCAGCACCCGCCAGGCCGAGCCCCUGGGCCGCCAGCCUGUGUCCCAAAGCCACUCUCCCUCCCCAUUGGCCCACCCCAGGCUGGCUCAAGGCUCCGGGUUGGCUGGACGGCUACGGCAGGGUCAGGUGGGUGGGGAGACUUAA